AUGACCUCACAGGUUUCGCGGUUAGACCGUCAGGUCAUCCUACUAGAGACAGGUUCUACGCAGUUUGUAAGGAAUAUGGCGGCCGAUCAAAUGGGAGAUCUAGCAAAAGAACAUCCUGAAGAUAUCCUUUCGCUGCUUUCAAGGGUGUAUCCGUUUCUUCUGGUAAAGAAAUGGGAGACUAGAGUGACAGCGGCAAGAGCUGUUGGUGGUAUAGUUUGUCAUGCACCAGUAUGGGAUCCUAAUGAAAAUGACGGAGAAAUUAAGACUGAAGAUGCGGAUGAUGAGGAGACUAAUGCUAAGGUUAAACUGGAACACGAAAUGCAAGUUAAAUUGGAGGAAGCCGAGCACGAUGAACUUUUGCUGCAACAAGAAGAUUCGAGACAAACAUUAUCAUUAUCGGACUGGAGUUUACAUGAAUUACUAAAAUCUAAAAAAGUACUACUGGCGUCUAGUAUGAAUGAUUAUGGUGAUGGCAACACUAGGAAGCAACCAAAGAAAGAUUUAGGUAUAAAUGGGGAAUUUUAUGAUGAAUUGAAAGAGAUCAAUAAUGGUAAUAAUGGAGUGAAAAAGGAAGAACCAGGUGAUGUACCACCUAGACAAUCAUCGCCAUCUGGUACUAGUAGUAAUAAAAAAUCUGCAAGAAUGUUAGCAAUGGCAAAGAGGAAAAAGAAAAUGCAGGCCAAGAGCUCAUCGAAUAAACCUGUUGAUCUUUCAGAAAGUUCAGUAUCGAAAAGUUUAAUGAAUCAACAUAUGAGUAAAAGUAAAGAAGCCAGUAUGAGCCCGACAACGACGCCAACUUCGUUAUCAAAUCCUAAAUUAGAAAUUACGGAGCAAAUGGAUAAUAGUAAAAUCAUGGUCGAAUCAAUGAUGGCCCCCAUAUUAGAAAAGCAUGAAAAAGUUGCAGGUUUAGUUUGGCAAUUUCAAGGUAUAUUUGAAUUAUUAUUAGACAAUUUGAUUAACGAUUCAUGGGAAGUACGACAUGGUUCUGCAUUAGGGUUGAGAGAAUUGUUGAAAAAACAUGCCUUUAGUGUCAGUAGAGUUAAAGGUAAAUCAAGAGCUGAAAACAAUGCAAGAAAUAAAAGAUCUUUGGAAGAUAUUUCAACUAGACUUUUAACAGUAUUUGCCAUUGAUAGGUUUGGUGAUUUUGUCUAUGAUACGGUGGUGGCACCUGUAAGAGAAUCUGUUGCACAAACUUUAGCUGCCCUAUUAAUUCAUUUAGAUGACGAUCUAUGUCGGAAAAUUUUUGGUGCUCUAGAACAAUUGGUACUUCAGGAUCCGCAAGUUGUUAUGAUGCCUAAUAAAAUUUGGGAAGCCACACAUGGUGGUCUUCUUGGAGUACGAUAUUUUGUUAGCAUAAAGACAGAUUUUCUUUUAGAACAACAUUUGUUAAACAACGUGGUUAACAUCGUUCUUUAUGGAUUGAAUCAGCCCGACGAUGAUGUACAAAGUGUAGCGGCAGCUAUCUUAUCACCGAUCACCGAUCAAUUCGUAAAGUUGGAUUUACACACCAUUGAAUUGGUACUAACAACAAUUUGGUCGCUCUUAACCCACUUAGAAGAUGAUCUUUCGUCAAGUGUAGGAUCAGUAAUGAAUUUAUUGGCUAAAUUGUGUAAACAUGAAGAAGUUUUACACAUUUUAAAGGAAAAAGCUAUACAACAUCCUUCAGAGUGGUCCUUCAAAUCAUUGGUACCAAAAUUGUAUCCAUUUUUAAGGCAUUCCAUUUCAUCAGUGAGAAAAGCUGUUCUCAAUCUUUUAAAUGCAUUCUUAUCCAUAAACGACGAUUCAACAAAGGGUUGGCUCAACGGUAAAGUCUUCCGAUUGGUUUUCCAGAAUAUUAUUUUAGAACAAAACAGAGAAAUUUUAGAUCUAUCGUUCCAAGUUUACAUUCAACUGUUACGUGAUUAUAGGUUUAAACAUACCGAAAAGACGUUGGAUCAUGUCUUUAGUAAACAUUUACAACCAAUUUUACACCUUUUGAAUACUCCUAUUGGUGAAAAUGGUAAAAACUACAGUAUGGAAUCUCAAUACAUUCUGAAAAUUUCCCAACAUUAUCAAUUACAUCCGGAGAAGAAAAGAUCAUUAUCUGAAUCUAAUUUUGAUUCGGAUAUACCAGCUCCCAAAAAUAGUGAGCGUGUUAAUAUUGAUGAACCAAUGAUUGCAGGUGACAUUACUCUAUUAGGAGCAGAAGUCAUUCAAAAUACUAGAAUUAUGGGUGCUGAAGCCUUUGGUAUUACUUUAUCCAUGUUUCAAGAAUCUACUUUACAAUCAUUUUUUUCAAAUGUUCUGGUACGUUGUUUCGAAUUAUCCUAUGCGACUCCAAGAAUGAUCGCAGGUAUCAUUUUAUCGACAUUUUGUUCAUCAUGGAGUCAAUUACAUCCUGAGACUGAAAUACCAUCAUUUAUUCAAGAAAUAUUUGCACCUGUAAUUAAUCCUCAAUUGUUAAAUCCUGAUGAUUUACCUACUUUUAGAGAAUUAGUACCCAGCUUAAAGGCAUUAAGAACUCAAUGCCAGAGUUUAAUGAGAACGUUUGUCGACGUGGGGAUGUUGCCACAACAUAAAUUCCCAAAUUUACCAAUUAUAGUUCAAGGUGAAGCUGAAGCUGGUCCAGAGGCCUUCAACAUUUCACUUGCAGAAAAAGUCCAUAAUGAAUAUUAUGAUAAGAUGUUUCGAUCAAUGGGUAACUCCUAUAAGUUGUUAGCUAAAAAACCACUUGAAGAUGCAAAAUACAGGGUGUUUUUAGCUAUUGAGGCCGCUAAGGAGUCUAGAAGAGCUCGUAAUUCAAGCAUUCUUUCCAACUAUGCAGCCGCUUCCCUAAGGUUUGGUGGGUUGCCAACUAAAUUGAACCCCAUUAUUAGAGCAUUUAUGGAUAGUAUCAAGGAAGAGAAAAAUGGUAAGUUGCAGCGCUUGGCAGGUGAUUCUAUCAUAUAUCUGAUCAAGCAGUUACUGGAGAACGAUAGGGCCAAUGUCGCUAACAAGAUCUGUAAAAACCUUUGUGGAUUUUUAUGUGUGGAUACUUCUGAGGUUCCUGAGUUUGCUGCUCAUAGUCAAUUGAAGGAUUCUAUGCUAACUAUAGUUAAGGAAAAUUCACCACCACCCUCACCUGAUGAUGUCCAUUUACAAAGAUUGACCGAAGAGGCACAAAUAAAACGUAGAGGUGGUCUUUACACGUUAGGUCAAUUGUUGCAACUAUUUGGAUCCGAAACUUUCCAAAGGGUUACUCAAUUCCACAGCUGUCUUUUCGAACCAUUGGAUAACAGUAGUGAAUGGAAAGAGAAAGAUUCUUUGACAGAUGUAGUAGGACAAUCUGUGGUAGACGCACUGGGAGCUUUAAGAGCUACUUAUUCUUACAUGAGUGGUGAAUUGAAAACAAAUGAAAUUUGGCCUCGUUUCCCUAUUCUUUUAGAAUUGUUGAGAUGCCGUUUUUCUGUGAUUAGAUAUUCUGCUGCUAGAACUUUCGCAGAUUUAGCUAAAUUAUCUCCAAUUCCAGUUAUGACUUUUAUCAUUAGAGAAGUAUUACCUCUAUUGAACAGUGCAGGUUCUACUAUUGAUCGUCAAGGUGCUACAGAAUUAGUGUAUCACUUGUCCAUUUCAAUGAGUCAUGAUAUUUUGCCUUAUGUGAUCUUUUUGAUUGUACCACUUUUGGGUCGUAUGAGUGAUUCCAAUACCGAUGUAAGAAGCUUGUCUACCACAACGUUUGCUCUAAUCAUCAAAUUGGUACCAUUGGAAGCCGGUAUUGCUGAUCCUGAAGGGUUACCAGAGGAUUUGAUGGCUGGUCGUGAAAGAGAAAGAGAUUUUAUUCAACAGAUGAUGGAUUCUUCAAAGGCAAAACCAUUCAAAUUGCCUAUUGCUAUUAAGGCAACUUUGAGAAAAUACCAACAAGAAGGUGUAAAUUGGCUUGCAUUUUUGAACAAAUAUCAUUUGCAUGGUAUUCUAUGUGAUGAUAUGGGUCUCGGUAAGACUCUACAGGCAAUUUGUAUUAUUGCCAGUGAUCAAUAUUUGCGUAGACAAGAUUAUGAAAAGACUCAUUCUGUAGAGACUAGACCUCUACCAUCGCUAAUUGUGUGUCCACCUUCAUUAACAGGGCAUUGGGAAGCUGAAUUUGAAGAGUAUUCACCAUUUUUGAAAAUUGUCGUUUACGCUGGUGGUCCUUCUACCAGAUACCCACUAAGAGAUAAACUACAUGAGGCAGAUAUCAUUGUUACUUCUUAUGAUGUUGCAAGAAACGAUUUAUCCGUGAUUGCCCAAUUCGAUUACAAUUACUGUAUUUUAGAUGAAGGUCACAUCAUCAAGAACGCACAAUCCAAAUUGGCCAAGGCGGUUAAACAGUUCAGAUCCAAUCACAGGUUAAUCUUAACUGGUACACCAAUUCAAAACAAUGUGGUUGAAUUAUGGUCAUUGUUCGACUUCUUGAUGCCUGGAUUUUUGGGAACUGAAAAGAUGUUCCAAGAAAGAUUUGCUAAACCAAUUGCUGCCUCUAGGAACAGUAAAACAUCUUCUAAGGAACAAGAAGCAGGUGCCUUGGCUUUGGAAGCUUUGCAUAAGCAAGUUUUACCAUUCAUGUUAAGAAGAUUGAAGGAAGAUGUCCUUUCUGAUUUGCCACCAAAGAUCAUUCAAGACUACCAUUGUGAAUUAAGUGAUCUACAAAAACAAUUAUAUGAAGAUUUCUCCAGGAAACAGAAAACAGUUGUUCAAAAAGAUAUUGAAAAUACAGCCGAUACGGAUAACAAGCAACACAUUUUCCAAGCACUGCAGUACAUGAGGAAGCUUUGUAACCAUCCAGCUCUUGUGUUAUCUCCUGAUCAUCCUCAAUUGAAACAAGUGGAAAGUUAUUUGAAGCAAACACAUAUGGAUUUACACGAUAUUUCUAAUGCCCCCAAAUUACUUGCAUUAAGGAACUUGUUGUUCGAGUGUGGUAUUGGUGAACAAGAUAUAGAUAGAAAAUCACCAGUGAACCAACUUCCUUCUACGGUUAAUGUUAUUUCACAGCAUCGUGCUUUAAUAUUUUGUCAAUUGAAAGACAUGUUAGAUAUGGUCGAAAAUGAUCUUUUCAAAAGGUACAUGCCCUCUGUCACUUAUAUGAGAUUAGAUGGUAGCGUGGAGGCUCGUGAUAGGCAAAAGGUUGUAAGGAAAUUCAAUGAAGAUCCAUCUAUUGACUGUCUACUGUUGACUACCAAAGUUGGUGGUUUAGGUUUAAAUUUAACAGGUGCUGAUACAGUUAUCUUUGUUGAACACGAUUGGAACCCAAUGAAUGAUUUACAAGCUAUGGAUCGUGCACAUCGUUUAGGUCAAAAAAAAGUUGUUAACGUUUACAGAAUUGUGACUAAAGGUACUUUAGAAGAAAAAAUUAUGGGUCUACAGAAGUUUAAGAUGAAUAUUGCCUCGACUGUGGUUAAUCAACAGAACAAUGGUUUGUCAUCAAUGAACACUAAUCAACUGUUGGAUCUAUUCGAUACAGAUAAUGUGCCAUCACAAGAAAAGGAAGAGAAGCCAUCUCAAGCCGCUAAUGGUGAAGCAGGGAUUGAAGAGGUUGCAAAUGAGACAGGUUUAUCAGGCAAGGCUAAAGAAGCAUUGGGUGAAUUGAAAGAAUUGUGGGAUCCUUCUCAAUACGAAGAAGAAUAUAAUUUGGACAAUUUCAUUAAGACACUUCGUUGA